CGGUUUCGGAUGAAGUGUGAAGCUGAGGAUUUGAAGCUGAGGAUUUAAAGGGAGAUAUUUGCAGGCAAAUAUAUAUAUAUAUUACAAACAAAACAGAGGAGUCAGUUUUAUUGAAGUAUUCGUUCAUUUAAAGAAGAAAACAUGAAUUGUAUUCCUCUCGUCCUGCUUCUCUUUGGUUUGAGUUCUACACUGGCACAGACUACAGCACAGAUAAAUGCAACAGAAAAUGCAACACAAUCUUCAACUUCUACACAAUCUUCAACAACACAGACUACGACUCAAUCUACAAGUACAGCUACAACGACUACACCACCACCACGUCCAAGUUGUGAGAGCAAGAAUGGUACAAGCUGUGACGCAUGCUUGGAAGAUGUGAAUUGUCUGUGGUGCAUCCCAACUAAAAAGUGUGUAACAUACCCAGCCAAAACCAUCCUGCCCCCGCAUUCCCUCUGCCCACUGAACGAUGCUCGAUGGGGCCUUUGCACUAUAAACUUCCAGAUUUUGAUCAUUACGUUGUCAGUGGCUGCAGCGCUCUCCAUCAUUGGUUUUUUGGUGUGUAUAUUCUGUUGCUGCAAGUGUGAGAAUGCUGGAUCUGGUCGAUUUGAUAACAAGAUGAACCGGAAGGUAGACAAGACGAAAACAAAACAAGAGGAGAGAAAAGCUGAGAUGAAGACUAGACACGAUGAGAUCCGUCAAAAAUAUGGUCUCAGCAGGGCAAGUCCUUAUUCCAGAUUUGAAAAUCCCAACUAAAGUGAUGGGUGCAUUAUUUUAUAAAUGAACACUUUGACAAUCUGCUGUCUAUGCCAACAUUAUUAAAAAUGGAUAAAUGGAAGAAUGAGAUUCCACUGUGCUCAAAAUGAUGAAUUCAACCUAAGUCCAUUUAUGUUCAUUUAUUUUAUUUACCACAAUUUUCCACAAAGGCUAUGCCUUUUUACUCUCCUGUUAUAUAUAAUGUUUAAAAUUGUGUUUUUCCACUCAUUUAUUAAAACAGUCUUUUAAGUAUUAUUUUAUAAGAACAAAUGUUCAUUUGUUCAUUUCUGUUCUUGUCAGAUUCUGUUAGAUCAAUAAGUUGACACAGAACACAUUGCAUAAGCACCGAAUGGGUCAGGACUUUGCAUAUCAUAUCAUUCUCAUACUGAUUAGGCUGUUCAGUGACUGUUAAAAAACUGCCCAUCAUAAUAUGAAAGUAUAAUAGCAAAUUUACCCUGUAAAGGAUUCACUGAAACCUAAGCUAUUCUUUGUAAAUGUACCUCAAUAUAAUAUGAAGUCAAAUAAACUCUAUUCUGCUGAGCCUAAUAGACUU